CUUUCGGGUAGUUGCGACGGGCUUGUCUGCAUAUUCGACGAGAACAACCUCACAAGUCCAAUAAUUGUGGCGAACCCAGCCAUGGUACGUUCUCAAGUCCUCCCUCUUUCCCAGUUUCAGCGACAGUGGAAAGACGACGUUACAGGAACAUACAAACUAGUCUGGCUGCAUAACAACCAAAGCAACUACACCUUAUCAUGCGAGGUUUUUGAUUUUGAGGUCAGGAAAUGGAGGUACGUGGUUGUGAAUACGCCCAGUGACGAUGUACCAGUAUUUUCAAAGGGAUGGCUUUACUGGAUCAUUGCAAAUCUGACUAAUUAUGAGUAUAAGAUUCUUGGUUAUAAUAUUCACACGGAGAUGUUUCGAGUCUUUACAAAUAGGAUUGUUUCCCAGGCAACCUAUUUUCUAACAAUUACUAUGUGCAGUCUAAGUGAUCGUGUCUGGGUUACAAAUAACAUGCCAGAUGGUGGCAUGCAACACUUUUGGAGGAUCAAAAACACAAUGGAUUCCGAGUGGGAAUCGGAGAAGAUGUUCUCCAUAGACCUGAAUUUGAUUUCUCCUUGGUUUAAGGAUAUCUCAACAGCUACGCCGUUCAUCACCCUUAAGACGACUUCCAAGGACAACAAGAAUGUUCUUAUCUCAAGGUUAUUUUCCUCCAACCUCUUACAUUUGCUUCCUCGUUGGCAAAGGCCUAGGUUUUGGUUCUGCUUUUACUGGUCUUAGUAACUCUAUAUUCAUUCCUUAUUUUCAGAGUUUACUUUCCAUUGUGAAUUAGCUUUCACAUAUACAUUCUUGAGAGGAUCUGCCUAGAAGUAAAACUUCUUCCAUUGGUUUAUACAGCAUUGUACUUUCUUAUUAGUGUUGUUUUCUUAAUAUUAUCAUGCAAUUGUUUCAGAUUUAUUUAUGGCUUUUUUUUUUGCUAUUAAUGAGUUAUUACAUCCAAAAAUUCCUUCUAAAUCAAAUAAGAUGAACUAUGAUCAAAAAGAUAAAGUUUUGUUUUCAUUCCGGGAAAAACUCACAAUGACUUGGACUACUGUCGAUGACCUCUUGCAGUGUGAAUGAUAUUACAGGUUAUCCGGUCGUUUUUACAUCUUCAUACAUAUAUACAAGAUUGUGAGGAUGUUGGUGACGAUGGCUUCGGCUACCUUUCAGGUUCUUAACUUUCUGCAGCUAGGUACUAUCGAGGAAGCUACAAAAAAUGUUGAAGAUACUUGGUGACUGCAAGCGAAGAGGUAGCACUUUCCUUGUAGGUGGCCGCGGUGCAGACCGGUGUAUUAUGUUCAAGUUGUUGCUAAAUGUUUGGAGGAAUGAGAAAAUAUGUUGUUGAUCUUGAAGUUUUUUCUUAUGCGAGCUCAACAUUGCAUGACGCAGUUGGUUGAUCAGCUUAGAAGCGAGUGAAGCUUCGAUACAGGGAUCUUAAGUGUCUCUGUGUUUAGAUCCGUGUAACUCUCCUACCUUUAUUACCACCAUAAAAGAAAUGUUAAAUUAUUGAAUAUCAUUUCAAUUCUCCAAACUAUUUCAUGGUACAUCUUGAGACGAUCCUGGAUAUAUUGGUGUAUGCAAAAAAAAAAGAUUGAAUUCAGUAACACCCCAACAAGUAUGAGUUUGCGAUGGUAGAACACACAAUCUAAAAUGAAAACUAAAUAAAAUCUAAAAUAUGAACACCAUGAACUAGCAUAAGAGUAUAUGUAGUUGUAAUCCCUGUUCUAAAAAUCCGGCUAGACGGCCGCCUGGGCGCUACUCGUCACUAUUCCGUCCCGAUUUAUGCCAAAACAGUUUAAAAAAUCGGAUAUCCGAUUUUCUCCGCCUAGACCGCCUAACCGUCUAACUGCCUAGCCGCCUAAUCUAUUAUUUUAUUAUUUUACUAUUUUUAUUUAUUUUUAAUAAUUUUUUUAAUAAAUUUUUUAUUUAUUUAUUUGAUGUAAAAUUUUAUAAAUAUCAUUUUUAUUCAUAAUUUUGAUAAAAAUUAUACUAUAUUAAGUUUAUAUAUUCUAUUUGUGUGUUUUAUACAAUCUUAAACAUGAAAAUAUAUUAAUGUUAUACACAAUUAAAGAUUAACAUGUUUUAUAACAUAGUAAACAAUCUAAAAAUUCCGCCCCGCAUAAUUUUUGAUUAAUCUCCGAUUUUCUCUUUAGGCGCUAGGUCCAACCCGACCGCCCGACUAGCGCCUAGCGCGUUCUCGAACAGGGGUUGCAAUAAUACAAUCAUGGCAAGCAUCUCCGUUGAUCAACAUUAUAUUUCGCAACACAUGAGGGGUACGGCCGGCUCAAUGGUGUCAUGGACCCUAGGACAAAAAAAAAUUAAUUUCCAAACUACUCCCUUCUUUCCAAAAUAAAUCAUGUAACCUAUGAUGUUUUAUACUAAUUUUUAAAGAUUAGAUGAAUUAAUUUUAGUUUAUAUUUUUAGUAUUACUUUUAGGAAAGAGUAUAUACAUUAAUUCUUGUGCAUACACAUAAAACAUUAAGUAUUUUGGAACAAAAAGAGUAAUAUUUUUCUUUAAUUUUGUUGAUAGAUAUUUGUUUUUUUAUUCAAAAUACAAAAAUUAUUUUUAUAAAAUAAAAGUGUGAUAAAAUAAAAAUACUUUCAUGUAAAAAAAUUUGGGUCCCUUUUUUAUUUUGGGAAAAUUGCCAAAACAGAACAAAAAUUUGGCAUGAUUGUCCCUAUAGUAAACGUUAAAAACAUAAAUUAUCUAAUUAAACAUUCAUCAAAUAAUUUUUUUAAUUAUAUAAUUAAAAUAUAAUAUUGAGUUAUUUUAAGAUUUAUUUUAGUAAUGAAUAUAGUGUACAAAGAACUUUUCAAAAAUUUAUGAAAAUGUUUAAGCCCGCAUCGCGGGCAAAACACCUAGUUUUUCUCAUAUAUCUAGAUAAAUUUUAAUCAGCAAUCUAAACCUAAAUUUCUCAAAUAAAUAAAUUAUAUUUGGUUGUUUUAUAUAAACAUUAUAUUUGGUUGUUUUAGAUAACCAAUUCUAAACAUGUUUUUUCGCCAACUGCCAAAUCGAGUUUUUCAUUAAAACAGUAAAAUCAUAUUUUUCACCAAAAUCACAAAUCGUGUUUUCUCGACAAAAAAACACAAAAUUGAGUUCUUUUUUCAACCAAAAUCCCAAAAUCGAUUUUUCCACCAAAAUCACAAAUCGUGUUUUCCAGCAAAAUAAAAAAUUAUGUUUUCUCUCUAAAAAAAAUCAAUUUCCCACAAAAUAUCAAGAUCAUGUUUUCUUGCCAAAAUGCAACAUAGAUGAAUGGGAAAUAAUGAAGCAUUGAAAAAGAUGAAUGGGAAAUACAAUAUUUGUUUGAAAAUUAAGAAGGAAACAAAUCUGUAUAUGAAACUUUACAGUUGUAUUUAUACUUUGGAUCUAAAUGGUGACAUAGGGAAUUAAGAGGAAUAGUCAAUUCCUACUCAUUCUUAAAAAAAAAUAUACUAUUAAUGAUGAAUUUUCGUUGCGUUUAAUUCCUUGUCAUUAUUUGAAUUUUAAGGAACUAUAGAAGAAAAACAUUCAUUAUCAAAAUUGAUAUAGAAGAAAAAGAAUAAAUAUUUAUUUUUAUUCCUUUUAUUUUGUUCCUAUUCUUAUUUUAAUGGUCACUAGUUAGAACCUUUGUAUAUAGAUACAUAUAAUGUAUAUACUGUUAGGGAAAGAAAUCAAUUGAGAAAGGUAUACUGUUGACCAAAAAAAAAAGAUAAUGAAUAUCAACUUAAGAAUAUACCGAGUAAUCAGAUUUUUGCACUCCAAUGUUGGGUAUAUAUGCAUGCUAUUCUCAACAACUUAAGAAUACACUGAGUUCAUAUUUACAUAACGUGAGUACGCAUGUCUGUAUAUGUCUAUGCUUGCUGUUUCGUUUGUUUCCCUUCUAACGUUGCUUGUGAUUUCUCAUCACUCUAGAAUUUGUUUGUUUUCUAGUUAUAUUUUGUAUUCAUGUGUAGCUUGUAAAUAUGUAAUAUGUUUACUUUCUUCUUCACAGAUUUGAAGCGUCUAUAUUUUGUUGAAGGACAUAUAGGUGUAAAUCGUUCGUAUAUAAGGAGUAAAGUUCAACUUCAGCCACUCAAUAAAAUUGUCUUUUAAGAUUAGUUAUCUAACAACGAAAUGAAUUGGUUGGUUGAACAAAAUUGAAUUUUAUAUGUUUCUAUGACCACGUUAAUUAGGAGGGAACGAGCUCCAUGCGUUUGCAACAACUAAUUAGAGAUGCCAUAAGUUUUACCCAUUAUAAUAGUUUAAUUAAGAGUUAUAGCAUGCCAAAGAAAUCCGACAUCCAUGAGAGACUAAAUGGCAAUUACACUUACAACAUCCUGAUUGACGAUGUUUUAUGGAGAUGCAGGUCCCCUUAAUACUAUAAUCACGACAAAAAGCAAUGUCUCUCGUGGAUCAAAUACUUGGCGAAGGAGCAGGUGACAUUAUAAUAAUCUACUUAUCAUGUUUUUAAUUAAAAUAUCUCUUUAAUUUCUUCUCUUCUACUUACAAGGAAUUUGAAUAUGAAUGAACAUGACAAGUUUCACAUAUGUAAGAAUAUGAGUAAGACCUGACAUUGAUUUUACGGGGAAUAUAAAUUUGAUUUUUACAUUUAGAUUGACGCAUUUGGAAUGUUGUUGCAGUGGCGGAUUUAUCUGUGUGGGAAAACAAGAUAACAUCAGGCAUCACACUUGUAAUGGCCACACUUAUCUGGUUCCUAUUUGAGAUCAAGGAGACUGAACCUGUACCCUUUCUAUGUUCGAUCUUGUUACUCCUGAUCCUGCUUCUCUUCAUCUGGGUCAAGUAUGGACACCUCCUUUUCAUUUGGAGACCUCCCACUCCUGAAGAGCUCCAACAAGAAGAUUCCCCAGUUAGAGCCUUAUUUUCAGAGAUCGAAGGUCUUCUCUUGAUGCUGUACGAGAUUGCAUAUGGGGAAGACAUCAAAACCUUUAUAUGGGCCAUCCUUUAUGUGGCCAUCAUAUACACCAUUGGGAGCUACAUCAACCUCCUCACAAUUUUUUAUAUAUGCUUGGUCUGCUUGCUAACGAUUCCAGUUUUGUACCUGCAAUAUCAAGAGGUCGUUGACAAUUUCAUUGGAGAGGUAUCAGAAAUGAAGAAUAAGACACUUCGAUUAUUUAACUCUAGGGCCACGAAAAAGAAGAAGAAGUUGUACUAGGUCAUGUGAUUUUGCGCUAUACCAAAGCAAACCGUAUAUGCUUUAUUAUCAUUGUUGAGCUAAUUUGAUUUAGUAGGGAUACUUGGACACUGUAUCAUUUUAGUAUUUAAAAAUCCGUAGAUGAUUAUAAAAGGCCAGUUUUUUUUUUUUUUUUUUUUUUUUUUGAAACACCAUUAUAAAAGGCCAGUUAAAUCUGAAACUUGCAAUGCUAAUAUUAAGGAAACAAUCUAGAUAAUGAACCAACUCAGUAGAAUGUAAAAUCUGCAAUAAACAAAUAAGGAAGAUUGCUUCUUUGCAGAACCUCUGAAGAAUGUAUGUGGAAAAUCCACUUUAACACACAAUAAAAGAAGCUCAUGUUCUGUCUUUUUUCUUCUUUUUCUGAAACACAUAAACAUUGUUACCAUGCAGUAUAAAAAGAAGAUACAGCAACCAGUGGCGGAGGGAGGUAGAGAGGAAGGGGGGGCAACUGCCUCCUAUAAAAUAUUGAUUUUUUGUGCAUUUUUAUUGAUUAUUCAAAAUUUAUAUGGUUUAGAUGGUAAUUUUUUUUAUUAUUGCCUCCUAUAAAUUAAGUUCCAAACUUAUAUUGCCUAAGGUAAAACUUUUGUCUGGCUCAUCCACUGACCGCAACAUAUUUAAUAAUCAUGAUUUUUUCUUUGUGUUUUGGCUUCUAUUAGAAACCUAAUUCAGUUUGUGUAUUAUUUUGUCUCAGAGAGACCAGAUGGUUGAACCAGUGUCUGAUGGACAACAUUGGUAUGGUUCUGCAAAGACAAUCGACAAAGAAGUAAAAAGAAUGUUGAUUUCGUCUUCGUGUUUUGGCUUCUUUUAGAAAUCUCAUUUAGUUUGUGGUUUACUUUGGCUCAGAGAGACAAGAUGGUCAAACCAUACGACAUGGAUAUAUAUGGCUCUGCAAAGAAGUUUGACAGACAAGCAAAAACUCACAAGACAUGGAAUCAUAUGUUUUGCCAAAAUCACACAAUCUGUAUUUUAUUGCUAAAACCGUAAAAUUGUUUUCAGCCAAAAUAACAAAAUUGAGUUUU